AUGCGUGAAAAAGAGUUUGAGGUCGCGCUUCGGACCAGAAGCUUUCUGCAUGCAGUGACUCUUGCCACAGCCUGCUCUUCAAGUGCUCUCUGCUCUGAAAAGCCAGUGUCACAGCAGCAACACUUCGCGUUUACUCCGGAUGAGGCACAAUACCUCCAGACGAGACUCCACACGACACACUGCAGUGCACGCCCAGCUCGGGUUCAAUGUAACAAAGUGAAGCAGGCUCUAGAUCUGCUUGCAGGCACUUGCCUUUCGCCUGGCUCUGCCAUGGCGGAGCAAGGGAAUGCAAAUCUCGGGCUUGCCGCGCUCAGCGUGGCCUUCCUGUUUGGCAUCCUUGGACUGUUUGCCUUCUUCGCUCUCCGCGCGAAAACAGCUGCCGAAGAGGAGGAAAAGCAGGAAAAGCAGCAAGCUGCCGGAGGUCAGAGGCGGCGGGGCGCGCUGGAUCGCAUGCAGCGCGGCGCGGCACGUGCUGCCGGCAGUGGGGAAGCCGACGAAGAUGAGCCGGAGGAUCAGGCCGGCAACAAGAAAGCGAAUGCCGCCAAAGAGCAAAAGAAGCAGGAGAAAAGAGCACAGCAGCAAGCAGAAAGAGAGGCCUAUCAGCAGAAGCAGGACAAGAAAGCACAGUAUGCACAGAAGCAGCAGGCCCGCGAUGCGGAGCGGAUGCGGCGCGAUGCGGAGGACGAGCAGGCCAGGAAAGAAAAGGAGAAACAGGAGAAGGAAGAACUCGACAAGUGGAAGGAGAUGUUUGCCGUGGAGUAUGAGGGCGAGGAUGAUGCUGCCACAGCUGGAGAGUCAGCGUUGGAGCAGUUCAUUGACUACGUCAAGCUUCGAAAAGUGGUAAAUCUUGAGGACCUGGCUGCCGAAUUCCGCAUGAGAACUUGUACCGCCAUCAACCGGCUCGAAGAGCUUGAAAAGAUGGGUCGACUCAGUGGAAUUUUCGACGACCGUGGCAAGUACAUCUACAUCACAGCCGAGGAAAUGGGUGAAGUUGCCGCCUGGCUCAAGCGCAAGGGCCGCGUCAACCGCGCAGAGUUAGUUGCCGGCUGCAACAAGCUUAUCCGACUUGAUCCCACAGCAGAGGACAAGGCGAAGCUCGAAGCAGAGGUGAGGACGGCAGAAGAGAAGCUGGAAGGCGCGGAGGAGGUGGCUCAGUGA